CUAUUACAAUCACUGGUGUUGUAAAGCAAGUGACUGCUGCUGGGACAGUCUUGGUAUGGGCUGGUGGUAGUGCUUAUAUCUUACACCGAUACCAAGACGAUCCUGACACGAUGAUACGGCUCCUGCACAGUGCCAUUUUUCCAAGUGGUUUGAUUACCGGWGCAGUUGUACGUGAGCUACUACAAGGCUCCUUUAAAAUCCUUAUAGAGAUUCAAACACUUGAAGAUUUAGAGCAUGUAUGGAAAAGCUACGAAACAGGAGUUUUAAAAAACAAUCUUGAGGACGUGUUCAUCAAUCAAGACCUCAUUAACAGUGCUCCCGAAGAUAMUACAAAAAUUGAACUUUCUAUUGUUAUAAAUGAGGACGAAUACCACGAGGCAUCUCGUCGCCUAAUGGAUGAAAAGAUGCACCUUCCAGAACAAUCGCUUCCAAGUUAUCAUCCCGAAAAUACAACAAUCUCAUCGAAGAGAGCAUCAAAUACAGUUGUUACUUUAAACGAUAGAACUGGAAAAUCAUCGCCCAUCGUUUAUGAGGCUGAAAAAUUAAGCUGGCCUGCAAUUAUCUGGCUGUUCACUGAAGGAAAACCUUUACCAGUUACCACUGGUAAAAUAGAAAUUAGCAUAAAUGAUCCCGUGACCGCUUUAGCUGUCGCACUCAUAGACACUAAUGGAGAUAUAAAUGUUACUGACAUGUCAGGAAAAACACCGUUGAUGAAUGCUGCAAUCGAAGGGAAAGAAGAAGUUGUUGAAGCACUUUUAGAUUCUGGAGCCGAUCCAAGUAUGGUUGAUCCGAGAGGAAAAUCAGUAGUGGAGUACUACGCAAAGAAAAGAAAAAAGUUUUUUGGAAGCAUUACAACCACAUACGGUAAAAAAAAGAUAAAAAAAGAGUUAGACAGACUUUUCAAAAGUCUGAGAAAUUUUGCCGAAAAUGAAGGAGACGUAGAAAAUGACGGAGUCGUAGAAAGACUUCUUGCUGCUGGUGUAGACGUGAAUCUUGCCGAUAGCAAUGGCGAAACAGCACUGAUUUGGGCUGUAAGAGAAAGCAAUGACAAAAUCGUCGACGAUCUGAUAAAAACUGGAGCAGAUGUCAAUACAAAAGACAAAGAUCAGAGAUCACCAUUGAUGAUUGCUGUCGAGAAUAACAAACACUACAUCACAGAAAGACUUCUUGAUGCUGGCGGAGACGUAAAUCUUGUCGAUAGAAACGGCGAAACUGCACUUACCUUGGCUAUCAAAAAAGGUUACGAAAAAAGUGUCAAUGCUCUGAUACUCGCUGGUGCAGAUAUAAAUGCUAAAGAUAAAUACGAACAAACCCCACUGAUAAGUGCUGUCGAAAAUAACAACGAAAACAUCGCAGAAAUACUUCUGGAUGCUGGUGCAGAUCCUUUUGCAAUAGCCAAUGUGCGCGGCAGACAUCUUGGAUUAUMCAUGAGCGACGAGAAAAACGUAAACAAGUACUCAGUCUCCCAGGAUACAUUGCGCGCUCAAAAUCCAAGAUGUCUGCCGCGCACAUUGGCUAUUGAUUGCAAAGCUUUAGGUGCAGCACUUCUGUGGGCUGCCAAAAAAGGACGAGAUCAAAUGGUAAAUGAGGUAAUAAAAGCCGGUCAGGAUGUUAACAUCAAAGACAAGUCUCAGAUUUCACCAUUGAUGCAUGCUGUUCAAAACAUCAAAGAAAAAACAGCUGAAGUACUGAUAAAUGCAGGCGCAGAUGUGAAUAAAAAAGACAAAGACCAGAGAUCACCAUUGAUGAUUGCUGUCGAGAAUAACGAAGACGACAUCACGGAAAGACUUCUUGAUGCUGGUGCAGACGUAAAUCUUGCCGAUAACAACGGCAAAACAGCGCUGAUUUUGACUAUCAAAAAAGGAAAAGGGGAUAUUGUUAAUUCUCUGAUAAAAGCUGGUGCAGAUGUAAAUGCUAAAGAUAAAGACCAGAGAUCACCAUUGAUGAUUGCUGUCGAGAAUAACGAACACUACAUCACAGAAAGACUUCUUGAUGCUGGCGGAGACGUAAAUCUUGUCGAUAGCAACGGCGAAACUGCACUUACCUUGGCUAUCAAAAAAGGUGACGAAAAAUUUGUCAAUGCUUUGAUACGAGCUGAUGCAGUUGUUAAUGUAAAAGAUAAAUGCCAACGAAUCCCAUUGAUAAUUGCUGUCGAAAAUAACAAAGAAACCAUUGCAGAAACACUUCUUGACGCUGGUGCAGAUCCUAUUGCCACUGAUAGUAAAGCAGUUUUAGGUGCAGCACUUGUGUGGGCUGCCAAAAAGGGACGAGAUCAAAUGGUAAAUGAGGUAAUAAAAGCCGGUCAGGAUGUUAACAUCAAAGACAAGUCUCAGAUUUCACCAUUGAUGCAUGCUGUUCAGAACAUCAAAGAAAAAACAGCUGAAAUACUGAUAAAUGCAGGCGCAGAUGUGAAUGUCCUCGAUGACCAAGGACGAACUCCAUUGAUUUGGGGCUACAAUAUAUGGAAUCGAGAAAACUGUUAUUUCCUUGAUCAAUGCUGGUGAGAUGUUAAUGCCCAAAACAGAUACCAGAGAACGCCGUUGAUGCUUGCUAUCUUAAAUAGCAGAGAUGCCAUUGCAGAGAUGCUGAUAGAUACCGGACGUGUAGAAGUAGAUGCGGCGGAUGACGAGGGACAAACAGCUCUGAUAUGGGCCGCAAAGAAUGGGAACGAGAAAAUUGUCCAGACUUUGGUCAAAGCCGGUGCUAAUGUGAAUCACAAAGACAAUUCCCAUAAAACACCACUGAUGCAUGCUCAACAGACAAAGAAUGAAUUGAUUGCUGAGCAACUGAUUGCCGCUGGUGCAAUGUAAAUGAUGUCCAUGACAAUCGACAAACAGCACUGAAAAAACGGAAUCAGAAAUGUAUCCAUAUUUUGGUAAAGGCCAGCGCUAGUUUUAAAGCUAAAUAUUAGUACUGUAUGCUAUUCAAUUACAAAAAUAGGAAAGAAACUAGGCAUAGAGAAGUUAAGACCAGGCGUCUUUUAAAAUAAUUUACUUGCGGAGGAAGAACGUGCAUUACUUAGGAGCAUGUCGAGAGAACUGUAAUUUGUGUCAAGCAGAAAUGGCCACUAGAGGCUGUGAAACUCUUUCAUAAGCAUGGUAUUGGCUAUGUGAACAAGUGAUUUAAAGCUUGCAAUUCUUCCUUGGGUACGACCAACUUCAGGACUCGCGUUGAAAGAGAGUCCAGUAUAACUUGCAUGCGCAUGUCAGCUUUGUUUGAGGUUACAAUUCUCUGUACAAUAUGGCGCGCAAUGGACGGAAAGACUGAUGGAAUGUUGUUUGCAUCUGUGAUUAUUAUUGUCCAUGGCACCUUGAAAAGUUGUAUUUUAUUUAUGUCCCUCCAUUUUAAAGGUUAGAAUCGUCUUAUUACUGUCAGAUAUAAGUUGAGAGCCGGUUUCAAGUCAACAAUAUCUCUCGUUCAUCACUAGUUUCAUGUUAAAAUGAUUGUAGGCAUUUCUACGGGAACAUGAAAUCGAAAACGGGAAUAAAUCUACUGUCAUGACAUGAAAAAGUCUUUUUUUCUGUCGAAAACUAGUAGGUUGGUUUUAAUGCGAUUUCAAUAGAAUAUUGGAAUGACGUGUGAUGUCAAUAGAGCAUGCUCGGAACGUUUCGCUUGCGUAGUGACUUUUUUUGACCAAAAUUUCCUGAUUUUUCGCUCAUAAUGCAUCAAAAUACAAUAACAAGGCUGUAAAACAGUAUAAGAGAAAUAUAAGUUAAGGCCUGUACUAGUUCCAGUGAAAUUUUUGGAAUAGGCUGGUCCGCCGAGCGAUUCAACUUGUUUCGCUUUUGAUAGCAAAACAAGAUUGCUUAUUACAAGUAAGUCUACAACUAACAUGAAAACCUGCAUGGAUGGUUAUACUAAUUUAACAAUAGAGCAGUUGAAUAAAAAGAAUGUUGAGUUCAUUACAUAAAGAUAAUCAUCCACUAUAAAAAUUCUAAAUAAGGUACCUGUUUAAUUAUUGUCUUGCACACCUAGUAAUAAUAUGUGUACUAGGUAAUAGAACUACAUACAGUCCAAUAAAGAAAUAAAUCCGUCCAGUGACUGUCAAAAUUGCCCUAUUUUACGCAAUCUCUUCUUUCUAUUCUUGGGCUUCCUGUCUUCCUCGCAUGACGCAAUGUCAAUCAUAACAAUUUCUACGAAUUCAUUUGCAUAAAGGAAACAAUAGGGUUGACUGAGUCGUCUGAGUAUUUUGAAAGUAACAAACUCAAUACUCAAUACUACUCAAAAAGAUGCUUCUACUGCACCUUAUUCAUGUGAAAGAGGACAUUACUGUUUAGAGGUUACAAUGCCAUCGGAGAAAGGAACGUAAAUCAGAGUAACCAAGCGAUGCGAUGGAUGAUCUUCCAUGAUAAACUACGAAACAGGAGAUUUAAAAAACAAUAUUGAGGACGUGUUCAUCACUCAAGACCUCAUUAACAGUGCUCCCGAAGAUACUACAAAAAUUGGACUUUUUAUUGUUAUAAAUGAGGACGAAUACCAGGUAUUUUAAGGCGACCGCACCUGCACCACACUCAAAAGUUUGCAUUCAAGAAAAAUUUGAUUUCUCUCUACAAAAAAAUAAAUAAAAAAAUAAUAUAAAUAAAAAUAAUAUUCUCCAUCUCUACUUAGCGAAUUGACAAACUUCCCUUUGUCAGCUCGUCACGUUUGUAUUACUACAUAGUCUAACAAUGAUUAAAGUUUAAUAUAGUAUGCCACCUCACUGGUUGCUAAUGCUGUUUAAGAGCAAUGGGACUGACAAUGACGAUGAAAUGAGGUUCAGGUUUUCCUACGAGCUUCAGAAAAAUAACAAUAUAGGCUUCGAUAUAAUACUGUCAAUUGUUACUAGACAAACAAAAUCGCAAAAAAAAGAAAAAAAAAAAAAAUACUAAACGCCUUUUAAAAAGAGCAACACAGGUCAUCACAUCAAUCCACUAACAGU